GAGAGGAUAAGGAGGAAAGUAGAGACAUAAAUACACUUCCCCGUCUUCUUUGGUUCUCAUUCCACUUUCUAAAUCUUAACAAAUUCUUUGAUUUCUUGAAAGAAAAAACCAUUAUCAGAAUUUAGUUCAUUUUACCAUGGAUUUCUUGAACAAGUUUACCUCUUCUGAUGAAGAAAAGAAACCCACAACAACAGGCGCAGCAACAACCCAUGGAGAGCAUAAACACCCUUCAUCAUCAGAGCUUUUUGCAAGUGCUAAGGUUGUUGCUGAUGCAGUAACGAACAAGGAAAAGGACAAGCUUAACAAAGAAAGAGUUGCUGAUGCUGCUGCUGAUUUGCUCGAUGCAGCUCAGACUUAUGGAAAAUUGGAAGAAACUAAAGGAAUGGGCAAGUAUGUCCAACAAGCUGAGGAUUAUCUUCAUAAUUACAAAGCUACAACCACUACUACCACCACUACUAGUCAUCCAACACAACCUGACACCACCACUACCACAACUCAUUCAACCACCGUUGAAUCAUCAGAACCAUUAGGUGGGGGGCAUCAUGGUAAACCUGAACAUGAGAAAUCUGAGAGCGGUGGUGGUGGUGUUGGAGAUUAUUUCAAGAUGGCUGAAGGAUUCUUGAAGAAAUGAUCUCUUUAAUUGUAGAAUUUCUGAUUUAUCUCUCAUGUUUUAGAAGUUUGUUGAUUAUUUGUUUGUUAAGUGUUAGUGUAUAGGCGAGUUUCCACCUCAGGUGGUGGGUUCUAACUCUCCACGAUUUUAAUUAUCAUCAUCUCUGCAGAUAGAGAUAGAUAUCUUUCACUAUGUAUUGUGGCAUUUGUUUGCUAAAUCUGAUUUCUCCUUUGUUACCUUGGCCAUGUAAAAUCUCUAUGUUUGUAAUGUUGUUUGAUCAAGUUAUGUGUUCUUGCAAGUUUUCCA